AUGCCGCACAGAGUGUCUGGACACCCUUCCUGGAUGAGAAAUCUACCAACAGGAAAUUUGUGGCAGCUGACUCGACGUUUUCUCGCUGAGUGCACAGCAGCUUUCAUGGCCAACUUUCCGAUUAUGUUUCACGAUCACACCCGCAAAUACGAAGCUUUUGUCAGUGGUCUGCUUGUAGGCAGUGUUGUCUACUGUGCAAUCUUCACCACCUUCGUCAUUUGCGGAGCUCAAAUCAAUCCGAUGACAACUCUAGCUGUCAUCCUCUCUCGUCGGAUGUCUAUUAUCUACGUUCCCAUGUACCUGAUUGCACAGAUGGCUGGUACCCUUCUGUCUCUCUAUAUUGGUUUCACUAUAUCUCCCUUCGUGGCAAAUCGGACGCAUGUCGGGAUGCCGAUGCCCGGUCCUGGAGUAACUGAUUUGCAGGCUAUAGGUAUGGAAAUUAUAAUUACGUUCUUCCUGGAGCUUGCAAUUGUUGCUUUGCUCGAUGAACUUCGUCUUCCGUCAUUCCAUCCCAUGAACAAGAUCAACGCAUUUGUGUUGCUCGUAAUGGUCUUCUUUUGGAUCGACCUUAUUGCUCUCCCCAUCUCUGGAGCCUGCACAAAUCCUGCCAGAAGCCUGGCAUCCGUGGUGAUAAAUUUCAGCUUCGAAAGGCAAUAUAUCUACUUGAUUGGCCCACCAAUAGGUUCGGCCUUAUCGGUUCUGGUGCAAGAAAUCUUUCUCUCUCCGGACGCCUCCAAAGCGCGUAUCGUUGGCCUCUUCAACUACCGCAAAGUCUUCAACCGACGCGAAUUCUACAGCACGCCUCCAACAAACAAUUUGCCUCCACAGGCUCAAAACGCUAAUGUAGGCUUGGAGUAUUUCCGAACGACAACAACCCUCUCCACCCUGUCUGUUAAGUCCGCCACCUCAGGCACUGAUUUCACCCGACUUCAAGUCAGAUCUGUCUUCCCUAUCUCUUCUGAUUCAAGGUGGUCAAGAGAGAGCAGGGGUUCCUUAAGGUUGGUUUUGACCAAGCCUUCGGAUGAGCGAAGUGAGCAACGCAGAAGCUGA